CAAAGCUUAGGAAAUAUCUUGCAGAUGAUGCAUUAAUAUCCAGAAGCAACUAUCAAGCUAGAGGAAGCCAUGCAAAUGUUUGAGACUAUUGGUAAUUCUCUUGGAGCAGCACAGUGUUUGCAAAGCUUGGGAGAUAUCUUGUGGAUGACAGAUCAAUAUCCAGAAGCAGUAAGUAAGCUAGAGAAAGCCAUGCAAAUGUUUAAGACUAUUGGUGACUCUCUUGAAGCUGCACAGUGUGUGAAAAUUCUUCAUCAUUGUCAAAAGUUCUUGUAAAAAGACUAUUAAGAACUUAUUAAAGCAUUUAUUUAGAAUGCUAACUCAGUUCAGAACCUUGUAUUCUUAGCAUACAUGACUACUAUGGACUAAGUAUAAGUUAGCUGGUAUUCAUUAUGACUCAUGUACAAGUAAUUAGUUAGUACAUAAGAAAGCCUAACUAUGAAUAGAAUAUCUUCUCUUCUGCUUAUACUCUGUAACCUUAAAAUUUAGAUCUGUGCCAGACUAGAAGUAACACAACUUAAGCUUAAGAAUAAUCAAGCUGUGGAAUGUUAAUUAGCCUGUGGCUGUAGAAGCUGAUGUAGUGUCUAGUUAGUCUGAGUUUUGCUGAGUAAAAGUUUAUUAAGAGAAAAAAAGUACUAAAAAAUACAUAAAGAUAUUUAAAUUGCUAGCUUUCAUAAUAUUCUGUACUUGAUUGCCUUUUUUUAAGCAAACAUACCUGAUCACAAGAUGCAU